UCGCUUAACUUGGCAUAUUUUAGUAAACAAACCGGCGAGACAGAGGUCAGUGCGCGCAUGGAGACUAGGUCCCACGAUGGAGUCGAUUGAAAGACAGCCUUUACAAGAUGACAACCGAGCCAGAAAUUUGGACGAAGUUUUCUCUAAACUGGACUUUGGAAAGUUUCAUGUUAAAAUGUUGAUUUUUACAUGUGGUGCCUAUUUUGCAGCAUGUGCUCAGAUGAUGCUCAUUGUGUUCCUGAGUUCACCGAUUAAAUCUGAAUGGGAUUUGAGUGACAUGAUGUUUCCCUUUCUGCCAUUCUCCUGUGGGAUCUCCAGCUUCAUAGCGAGCUUCGUGUUCGGGUCUCUUAGUGACAGAAUCGGGAGGCAAACACCACUGCUUGUUGCAAUUGCGCUAGUGGUAGCAUUUGGAAUAGGUUCGGCGUUUCCGAAGAAUUUCUGGCUCUUUGUCGCUCUGCGAUCACUUGCAUCUUGUGGGACUUCAGGAAUAGAGAAUGUUAACUUUGUGCUGUUGUUAGAAUUCCUACCCCAGAAGAAGCGCGGCAGCAUCAUGGUCGUAAUCACCCUGUGUGGAGCUCUAGGGGCUGUGUACACCUCUGCCAUGGCCUGGGUUCUACUGAAACCGCACGGAUGGCGCUGGUUCGUGGUAGCGUGCACGGGCCCCGCGUGCCUCGUGUUUGUGUACCGUCUGUGGUUCCGGUACGAAUCGCCGCGGUUCCUGUACGUGAGCGGCCGUCACGAAGAGGGCAUGCAUGUGCUGGAGGAGAUUGCUCGUCAGAACAACGUCAUCCUUCCACCAGGAGAAAUAUUGUGUCCACCAACAGAAAAGCGAGGACGAAUUCAGGAUCUUUUUGAUCGCUCUCUACAACGUCGAACGUUUUUCUGCUCAGUCGUGUGGUUCUUGCAGUCGCUAGGCUACUGGGGCGUCACAAUGUAUCUGCCGGAAUACCUGAGUACCAAGGUUUCUGUGGGCAUGGACCCCAGUCUCAAUAUGUUUGGUGUAUUUCUUGGUCAGAUUCCGGGUCUGUUACUAGCUAUGGUUUUAAUAGAACCAGACAAACUAGGGAGAAUAAAGUGUCUAAGAUUUUAUUCAUUCUUCACAAUAAGUAGCCUUCUGUUAUUUGCCUUUAUUGAUAUCAGCGUGUUGAAAGCCUGUUUUGUUAUUCUAGUGUACUUAUUCAUGGUGCCAAUUUACUCCAUACUAAAUACAUUCACACCGGAAGUCUACCCCACGGACACCCGCGGGAUCGCCUUGGCCUGGAUGUACAUGGUGAUCGCGUUUCCGGGUCUGGUGACGGCGUUCAUCGGAGCGUCCGUCCUCUCCACGAACAUCACGUGGUUUUACCCGACUUUGUCGGCGGCUAUAUUCGCGCUGCAGUUACUGUUUUCCUUUGGUCUAAACAUUGAGCCCGGUAGACAUGGCCUUGUAGACAAUAAGUCUGACGCAAUGCUGUGCGAACAAAAUGGUUUAUCAGAUUCGGAUGUGUUAGCAGCGAGAUCAAACGACGAGCUGCCGGAAACUAACGGCGUUUGUCACAAGAACGGGUCCGCGACCGGGACACCUUGAAUAGUCCCUUACCUCACUGCAGCUUGGUAGUACAUCGACACUGGGACUUGUGGAAUUGAGAACAAGACGACAGAAGUCGAAUUCAAAACAGUUUGUUAGGAUAUCAGACCGUAAGUGUUACAGACAUAUUGUAAAGAAUCAUCAGGGUCAUAAAAAGGCUGUUUGACAGACGGACGCUCUAUGACACAAGAGUGGGACAUAGAGUCAAUUUAUGUUAUGUUGCUUUAGGUUGAAACUUCUAGGUUGUCUUCAAGUUCUUAUUGAAAUAUUGAUAAUGAUUCAAUAUUGUGAUGCGUUAGGGGUAAAUCGAUUUAAUAGGAAGUUUAGCAAUUGAAGAAAAAGGUGAAAGCCAUUUGAAAUACUUCAUGUUGAGGUUUAGUUUUUUUAUACAUCACAAAUUUCGAUUAUGUUUUUGAAGCCUUUCGCUUCUUUUGCCAGGUGGCUAUUUUUGAGUGCAUUGAAGAUGCCAAAAUAUGUGUGUGUCCUAAAGAUUUCAUGGGAACAAAGUUUGCUUUUAUUUACCAGCACGAAAACAAUGAUGGCUUUGAAGCGUUGAUGCAAUCGCAUGAGAACGAUAUGUCCUCGUUCCUCGUUGUGUGUAUACAGUAUAUAAUGCAUGGGUAUAUAUAUAUAUAUAUAUAUAUAUAUAUAUAUAUAUAUAUAUAUAUAUAUAUAUAUAUAUAUAUAUAUAUAUAUAUAUAUAUAUAUAUAUAUAUAUACCUACGUGAAUAAAAAGUAACGGUUUAAUUAAUAUUCUGAUUAUGAUUUCAUUAUACAUCAUCAUAACAACGAUUCGAUAUGUGCUCAAUUCUGACAUUGUUAAUAAAAACUGAAAAAAGACAUAUUAUCUUGAAUAUAUCUUUACAUGCGUGUUUUUAACAACUAUUAUCAGUUCACACAUUAUGUCACAAAUAUACAUGCACAUGCAUUGAUGUUCAUUACCUUUUGGGAAUAGACUUUGAAAAAAAAUGUACGUUUACAGGCAUGUUGUAACGAUUUGUUGUUGUGAAUGUGUUUGGUUGAUGUGUUUUAUGUCUUGCUAAAUGACUACCGGUAAUAUCAUACUUAUACAUUGAUUUAAAUAAAAAACAAAAACCGUU